AUGUUCUAUUCUUAAUAACCUUACAUCUACUUUCCAUUCUAUUAGACCUAAAUGUGCUAUCCAAUCUACUAUUGCUCAAUUUAACCUUCACCUUAAUAAUAACCUGCCACUUAGGAAAAACUUUUAUAAUAAUCUGAUUAGUGUAAUUACAAUCCUUAAAGCAAUCAUACUUAUGACAUUGAUUAAGAUAAAAGUUUUGAUUCAUAUGUUGAAAAUGACAAACCUAGUUUUAUCACAAAUGAAAAAAAAUAAUCAUCAAAAUCUACAAAAACCUUUAAAGCUCUUGAUACAACUAAUUUCCAUAAAAAUUUUGCUAAAGCCAUUGUAGCUUAUGCAAUUAGACAAUAAUUUCUAAUUUUUAGAAUUUUAGGAGAACAAAAAGGAUAAGAAUUCCUUGAACUACUCUAAUCUUUAAAAAAUAAACUUAGCAAUUUGACCCAUUUUGCUAAACAUACAAGUAAUUCAGACUUUUAAAAAACAUUUCGCAUUCUUGGGUAAGAAUUUUAAUUAAAUUUUAGAAUGAAUUUCCUUAAAAAAGAAUCUACCCAAUAUAUCUAUAAUUCUAAAAUCUAACAAAAGUCUAGCCAUUUAAAACAUAAGAAGAUCAUUAAGAAAACUCUUUUAAGAAUUUGAA